UCAGCAGCAGACAGUGCGAGUUAACGGAACCGACCAGUCCCGAUAACCACGGUGUUUUUUAUGCAUUUUGACGCCUUGCUCGAACACAGUUUUGCCACCAAGCGACGAAUGGAUCGCUGGUAACGGGAGGUCGAGCCGAUCCCCGGUGGUGUGUGUGUGCUGUGCGCGCAACUGAAUGUGUGGUCGGUCUGAAGGAUGAUUGCCUCGCUGUCCAAAGGGAGUCUGCUGGAUGAUGUUCUUCAGGAGGGCUUCAAUGAGCAACAGCUGGCAGCCUAUGUUUCCUGGGUGAACUCUCAACUGAGAAGGAGGCCAGGACUCAAGCCUGUCGCCGACCUCCGGCGUGACCUGCAGGAUGGAGUGGUGCUGGCCCACCUGAUCGAGAUAGUAGCGGGUGAGGUGUUGGAGGGGGUGCAUUUGACCCCAAGGGACCGUGAGGAGAGCAGAGAGAAUGUAGAGAGAGUCCUACAGUUCAUCUCCUCCAAGCAUAUACGCAUGCCCCACACCUCUGCCAGGGAUAUUGUGGACGGUAACCUCAAGUCAGUGAUGCGGCUAAUCCUGGCACUUGCCGCACACUUCAAACCAUCCGCCAAUCAAAGAGCCGCGUCAGGCUCUGGGCAGAGUCACGCGGGGGCCUCGGCCAAUCACAGACCCCUCUCCACCGUCGCCAUGGCCCAGAGCGCAGCCGCCGCCUUGGCAGCAGCACGACUCGAUGCCUCACGGCCUGGACGCCACACACACCUCCGCAGUGGCUGGAGUGUCGAUGAGGACGGAGGGGUUUGCGUCCGGGCCCUGGUGCAGCAGUACGAGAGGGGGACCCCGGAGGAGGCGGAGUCCGCACAGCCCAGCAGCCUCAGUUCUUCAAGCCCUCCCCCCUCCCCCAGAGUCCCUCCCAGCAGCCAAUCCGAGAGCAGGGAGCAGGAAGACAGCCAAACACAGGAGAACAGCAGUGAGCAUUCCCAGGUAGUUGUGCAGCCUGUCUGGGUGGACCCCCUCAGUGAAACUCUGGAAAGAGAGAUGCAGGAGACACGGAAAAUGAUUUCAGCUCUACAGGCACUGUUGCUCCAUGGCUCAUUACCUGAGGAUGAGCAGGAGCUGUCUCUUGGUCUAGGAGAGGACAACGCUGAACAUCAAUUGGUUGUCAUUCGGAGUCGUCUGGACCAGAGCAUGGAGGAGACUCAGGACCUGAAGAGGGAAGUGCUGCGCUGUCGGCAGGAGAUGAGGAACCUGCAGGGGGUCAAGGAGGCGCAGCAGCAGAGGCUGUGCGUUCAGGAGGCGUCCGUACUGCAGCUGAAACAGGAGCUGCUGAGAGCUAGCAUGGCCCGGGACGAACUGACCAGCCAGAAUACGGAGCUCCAGAGGAAACUGGAGGAGCGGAGCAGGCUCCUGAGCGAGUGCAAGAGGGAGGUGGGGCAGAAGGACAGACUGCUGCAGCAGCACAAACACAAACUGGAGGAGAGCCACCAGCAGAAGACCACACUUCAGAAGGAGCUGGAGUAUAAAGACUCUGUGCUGCAUGAGCUGAUGGGCCGAGAGCUGCACCAGCAGCAAUCUGGCGCUGAGAACAAUGGCUAUUCUCAGCCUGGAGGUCCAUCUCCUUCUGUCUCGGGGCAGGCCGAGGAGCUCCAGCUGGUCAGGGAUGCAUUGAGGAGCCUGAGGAACAACCUGCGAGACCACGACCCUCAGCACCACACCCUGGACACCCUGGAGCAGGGCAUAGCCUCCCUCACCGAGCGGCUGCACUCUCUACACACACAACGGGGGAGGGGGAAGUCUCCUGGACGCAAGGCCCCACCGUCCAACCCUGACUCCUGGCCCACGCGCUCCAAGAUGGCUCACUCCCAGAGCACCCCAGCGCUGAACUCGGCGGCCAGUACCAAGGUGCUGUACUUCACGGGCCCCUCGCUGACCCCCUUCAUGAUCAGCAUCCCCAAGAGGCUGGGUGAGGUGACUCUGAGAGAUGUCAAGGCAGCGGUGGACAGAGAGGGGAAGUACAGAUACCACUUCAAAGCCCUGGACCCUGAGUUUGGCACUGUCAAGGAAGAGGUGUUUGUAGACGAGGCGGUUGUUCCUGGAUGGGAGGGGAAGAUAGUGGCCUGGGUGGAGGAGGACAACGGAGAGGAGAGGACCUAGUGAACUCUCACCCCCCCCCCCCUCCAACACGUACAGCCCCGGCCCCAGAGACACACUGGCUGCAGACUGGCUGCCAGGAGACAGGUGGAUGGUGGAGGAAGGAAAAAAUGCAGCCAGAAGAAUGCCUGUCUGGCCAUGAGCAAGUGGAGAGUGCCAACAUCCACCGCCCUUCCCUCUUGACCACCCCAUCAGUCUGGAACUUGAACAGGGACACAGAGGCUAGACUCUGUGCUAAUGAAAAGCUCAAGUGUUUAGGUACCUUGUGCCUUAUCAAUGUGCGCAUGUGCAACCCUAAUCAUCCCCCGACGAUCAGAGUCAUGAGAUGUUAGGAUAGUGCUAGGACAUCUGAAAAGAAAUGAUGAUGACAUGGCGAUUCUCAAUGGCCAUGCAGCAGUCGAGCUGCUCUAUUGCCUUAAUGCAGUCUACAAGUAGACUAUUCACACACACACACACACACACUUGAAGAUUUGGAAAGGCUCUAACGCACCUCACACACACACACACACACACACGCUCUUGUCAAGUAGCUGACUCACCACUGCACAAGAAUACUGUAUGUCAGAAUACUGUGUCAUUGGGACUGAAUGCGGGAAUAGUAGUUCACGGUAUGCAGAGUAGAUAACACUGCAGACUAUUGGUGUCUAAUGUCAAUUUAGUUUGUUGUUGUUGUACAUAUAUGUAAAUAGAUGUAUAUGCUCUACUGUAAAUGGUCAAAGGCAGAGAACAGUUUUUUAUGUUUGGUUUCAGAGAGAGAAGUGUGUCGUUUAUAUUUUGAGACUAUGCCUGACAAAGUGUGGGACCACAGGUGGAGGGAGAGGAUGAUACGGUUGCCAGGUUGGAGAGGAGCCAGGGAGAGACUGAGGUGGAGAGGUCAGAGUAAAGUGUAGGUGUCAUAGUUCUGUUUCAGAUUGGAAGGUCCACUGGCCUGCUCUCAAGCCAAUCAUGGGUAAUUGUGAUGGAUGACAUGGAAAAAAAGGAGAAACGGAAACCAGCGUGACCCUUUGGAGGAUUGGAAUUUGACACCCCAGCCCCACAGUAUUUAACCUGCCCGUAUCCCUAUCUGACUCCUUAGUCCUCAGAGCUUUGACCACUACUGCCAGAACAGUGAGGCUGUUGUCAAAAACUGUUUCAAAACCAACAGCUCUUAGUAUUGACCAACUCUUUAACAGAUCACUCAGAAUUGUGACAGCACUGCAUGAAAUGAUGCCACCCAACCACUGAUGGUGGAGUGCAUAGAUCAACAUGAUUGUUGCACUCACAAUAUGUACACUCCCCAAUAAAUGUAUGAUUCCCAUGGA